AUGUCCGACUUCGGGGAUGACGACCCCUACACGGUGGACCGGGGCUACAAAACCGACAGCUACAUCAUGGCGGUUAGUGGGACAUUCGUGGAGAGCGAGGAGCCAAGAACUUUCGAAGAGCCGGAAUUUAGGCCGAGGCCGGUAAUGGUGAGUUAAAAAACCUUGGGAAGGUUUGGGGUAGAGAUUGGGUAGGAUUGGCCAUAGCAGUUCUAGCAAACUUCUGAGGGACCGUCGGAUGUUUUGAAGUCCGAAACUCAUGUUUUGAUGAAACUUUAAACAGAUUCAGAUAAGUCUUUUGCAAGAGAAAUACGAGAUUCCUAGAUCGCGCUUUGCAGAAACGACCAAGAUUUUUAUUUCGAAAAUUUGUCAAAUUCGAUGAAUUUUUCUCUAUUUCUAUUGGAAGAGGAAGCGUUUUUUAUAAAAAGUAAUUUUUUACGACAAAAACGUGGCCACAAAUAUUUUCCCCUCUGAACUGGGGCUUCACACAAUAUCUUCGCGGAGAUCCAUGAAUAUCUCGGCUGCAACUGUAAUUUCGAGUAAUUUUUUUAAAGAAUUGAUGUGUUGCCUAUGAAAAACUCCCUUGCAAAACUUAUUCUCAAAGAAUAUUGAUGUAAUAAAGUAAACUUUCUUUCAGCCAGUCACCACGGGCAAAGAACUUCUGCUCGAGGAGCCUCAACGAGAUUAUGGCGCCUUGGGGCCCGACGACGUCGAAUAUUACAGAACUAGCUCGUUUUGGAGGACUUGCCGGUCAGUUUUUUUAGACAUCAGCAAUUUUUGCUACGUCAUCUUCAACAGUGAUGUCAAUAAUACCUUUUAUCAUCAUAAAUUAUAUUAUUUUCCCUUUCAGCUGGUCCUGCGUCGUCUGCUGUAUCCUCCUUUUGAUUCUCCUCAUUCUCCUGACAGUCUACUCGCUCCUCAUUGCUCCUCGAUGUAUAGAACACCAGCAUGAGUGGUGGGAAAAAGCUGUUGUUUAUGAGAUCUGGACUCCUUCGUUUCGGGAUUCAGAUGCUGAUGGAAAGGGAGAUUUUAUUGGAGUUGCACAGAAAUUGAAAAAUAUUCGGAGACUUGGGGUUUCAACGCUUUACAUAAGGCCCUUUUUGAGUCAUAGCGACAGCGAUGGAGCUGCUGUUGAUGACUUUGACGAUGUCGCGCAUGACUUGGGAAAUUUAAAGGAAGCCGUAGAUUUGAUUGAACAGGCACAUAGCUAUGGAUUUAAGGUGAGGAUUUGGAACAAAAAAAAGUGUUACUUAGAUUUUCAUGAGAUUUGGGAAAAGUUUACAUAUUUUUUCUAAGUUUAUCCGAGAUUUUUAGCCCAAAUAUUGGUGAAACUUCGAUACUUUUUUUGCGAGUUUAUGCAGUAAAAAAUUGAGCCUAUCGAGAAAAUUGUUCUAACAAAAGAAAUAUGUGAAUAUCCUAUAAGCCCCAGAAAAGCAAGAGCCAAGAUUUUCAGUAUUUUUAAAUACUGAAAAUCGUAUUAAAAUACCAAUCCUUGGCGCGACAUUUACAGUGGCGGACUUGAUCCAUUGGCCAAAAAUGUGCCAUGUUGCAUCCGGGAAGUAUCAAAAAUGCAGCAAAAUACCUCCCUCUCCAAGUGAAAAACCCCCGAUUUCAAAAGCGCGCCCACUCUUUUUGUGAGGGAAAGGGCGCGCUCUUCAAAAAAAGAGAAGUUUUUUUCACCUGGUGAUGGAAGCAUUUUGCCACAUUUUUGAUGCUUCCCGGAUGCAAAAUUUUUGUGAGGGAAAGGGCGCGCUCUUCAAUUUUUUUUUAGUUGGAGAGACAGGGCAUUUUGCCACAUUUUUGAUAGUUCCCGGAUGCAAAAUGAUACGUUUUUUGCCACUGGAUCUGGUCCCUCACUGUAAGCAAAUUAAAAAAAAAAUCAAAGCGUCAUACACCUUUUCUACCACCAAUUUAUCGACCGGCCUACUCUAAAAAUCCUUUCAUUCCAGGUAAUCAUCGACUUCCCGGUCUCCGCCACCUCCCUCACCCAUCCGUGGUUCAUAAAAUCGUCGCAAGCGUCGGCCGAGGAAAACCGAGGAUUUGCUGAUUUUUAUUUCUGGAAAAAGAAUUAUCAGCCGAAUGAAUUCAUCUCGUCCUAUGGAUCAAAUGGUGAUGUUUAUUAUCACAUCGAAAACAAACCCGAUUUGGCUGUCUUGAACUUCAAAGAGCCGAAUGUGUCGAGGUCGAUACAGAAGUCGAUUUUUGACUGGAUCCAACGAGGAGUCGAUGGAUUCCACCUCCGAUACGUCGAUUAUUUGGCGAGAACUCAGGAUGGGAAAUUCCCGGUGAGUAAUUUUGUGUAAAGUACGAUGCGCUAUGACAUUUGGAAAAGAAAAAAAUUUGAUUUUUUAAAGCAUGAUCGUUAGCUCAGGUUUUGAUGGAAAAAAUUCAAUAUCUUUGGGCAAAAAUAUCAACUGAUUAGUGUAGUUUUUUGACGCGACAUUUCCCAAAAAAAAUGACAGCAAAAUUUUCUGUGACCGUUCUCCACGAUUUGCGUUAUCUCUUGGCAGCAAAGGUCAUAGAAUUUCAUAGCUGACACUGGAAGAUAAGAGCUAAAAUUUUCAGUAGUUGAUGUGUGUGUUAUACAAAAUGCACAAGCAAAUUUUGUAGAAAAUCUAAGCGUUGAAUAUCAAGAAAUUUCUUUUUUCUAACAAGGGAAGUACCCGAAGUGGGACGCUCAGAUUUUGGUGAAACUUAUCACAAAUUUAGAAUAUUUUUUUCUAGGAUAUAUGCGAGAAUCCUAGCUCGCGCUAUGCAGAAACUACCGAGAUUUUUAGAUCGAAAGUCUGCGAAAAUUUGAGACUUUUUGCCGAAUUUUGGCACGAAAAGUUUCAUGCCUAUUUCUACCGUAAAGGAUAAUGUUUCUACAAAAAAUCAAGAUUUUCCGCACGAAACUGUCAAAGUUAUGGCCAAAAAGUGUUUUUCUCUUGGACCGCUCUCCACGUUUAGUGUGCUCUCUCGGCGGCAAAAAGCGUUCAAUAUCUCGGCGGCACCCGCAAAGCGCAAGCUAAAACUUUCAGGAAUUGAUAUUUAGUCUAUUCCCAACGUGUGUGCAAAAUUUUAAAAAAAUUUGAGCGUCGCACUCGGGGUACUUCCCUUGUUAGAGCACAAAUGUAAAUUUUUUCAUUGGAAUGUUCUAAGAGGCUAUUUUUCAGAACUGGAAUGGAAUCGUCAAAGCCCUAACUGACACCAGGAAGACAAUUCGAACCAAAAUUAUGGAGCGUGACGAUCUCAGGGAUCGAAAAGUGUGAGCCACUUUCUUCGACUGUCAAAAAAGCCCUCCAAUUUUUCAAAAUUUUAUUUUUUGAUUUUUCAGUUUCUUCUACGCCUCCAUGGACAACAUCGGAGAGAUGGAGAAGCUGCGGCUUGGCCAGAAAGCCGGCCUCGACGCUGUCCUCAACUCCGAGCUCCUCAAAAUCGCCGUUGGCAAUAGGAUCUGCGAAAAGACGCCCGAUUCCAUUUCUGAUUGUACCAAUGAAGUUAUUGGCGAUAUUCUGCAGUUUUAUCAGAGUGCCGAUGAUAUCUGGCCAAUGUGGCAGUUCGGUGAUGCGGAUACGGAGAGAUUGGCUAGUAGGACAAGGUCAAGAUUGCAGGCAGAGUUGUUGCAAAUGGUGCAGUUGCUGUUGCCGGGAACGCCCAUCGUUUAUUAUGGAGAUAUGGUUGGGGCGAAGGAGGUGAAAGCUAUGGUAAGUGAGUUUGAAGGGCUUUCAUCGCUUCAGGCGGCUUUUAAAUUAUCUUUUCUGAUAAGAAAAGUCAUCAGCAGGGUGAAAAAAGAAAUUCAAGUACAGUGAAGGACCUUCCAAUGGCAAAAAAACGUACCAUUUUGCAUCCGGAAGCAUCAAAAAUGUGGCAAAAUGCCUCCCUCUCCAACUAAAAAAAUCCUUUUUGAAGGGCGCGCCCUUUCCCUCACAAAGAAGAGCGGGCGCGCUUUUAAAAUCGGAGUUUUUUCACUUGGAGAAGGAGGUAUUUUGCUACAUUUUUUGAUACUUCCCGGAUCCAAAAUGGUACGUUUUUUGCCACUGGUUCAGGUCCCCCACUGUAUCUUUUGUGAUAAGAAAAGUCAUCAGCGGGGUAAAAAAAAUUCAAGGAAUUGGGGGCAACUUUAGAAGAACAUUUUGCCAGGCAUGGCACACAUUUUUUUAUGGAAACUGUGGAGAUUUUUUGAUAGGAAGUUGACAUAAAAAAAUUUGUUUGUGAUUUACGAUUAGCUUUUGAGAAGUUUAGGCACAACAGCCACUUUAUCCGUCCAAGUCUCCUCUUUUUACACAUUAAAAAAGGUAAAAAUAAUAGCUAAAGACAAGUUCUUCCCUAUAUGUUCAUAUCUAAUUGCUGUAUCGAUACUCUUUUGUACUCAACACAAUUUUUUUCCUAUCUCAUCUCUCUUUUAGGACCAUCCCCAACGUUCGGCGAUGGCUUGGGAUGACACUUCAUCGGCCGGCUUUUCGGACGCCUCAGUUUUUCAAUGGACAGCCAGACUGCCUUCCGAAUGGAAGCACGUCAAUUUUGAGGUAACUAAACAUGACUUUAGAACCAAAAAAUUUCCAUCAGCUGGCUAAUGAUGACCAAAAAAUCUAGUUUUAUAAUUUUUUCUUCUUUUAGAAAGAAGUGGCCAAUCCGAAGAGUCGAUUGAGAGUUCUAAAAAGACUUAUUCAACUGAAGACAAUGCAUGAUGUCCUAUUUGAUGGUCAAACUUAUUUGAGCAAGCCAGUUCAGAACAGUUUUUCACUUUGCCGCUUCUGGCAAAAUGAGAAUGUCACCAACAAAGAAGUCUUUGUUUUGUCGGUCAAUUUUGGAUCACGGUGAGAAAUUUAAUUAUAAUUGAUAUGGAAAACGCUCGAGGUGUCACCUUUAGACCUUGAAUAGAAGUUUGGCGCAAAAUAUGGUCGUGUUUUUAUGCGGGCAUUUUCAGAAUUUUAACUAACGCUUUGCAAGAUUUUUUGAUGAAAAAUUAUGCAAUUUUUACCGAUUACGGCAUGAAAAAAUUGAUUGAAUUACAUAGUAGACCUAGAUAGUCCGUAAAUUUCCUAAAAAUUAAUUUUUUUUAAUUUUAACACUGAACCAUCUCUUUUCAGCCCAGUAAACAUCUCAAUUCAUGAUCUACCGCCCUUCGUCUAUGCUCAAAAGCACAUGAAUCUCGACUCCCAACCGAAUCCAUAUCUGGAAGCCCGUAUUUUGGCCGUCUCCUCGGCGGUCCAUCCGGAUUCCUGGUACACACAGCAAAAGUUCAAUAUCGCCUCAGGCCAAUUGGAAUUGGGGGUGGAUCAAGGGAUUUUAUAUCGGUUUUACGUUACAUAA